AUGGAUGUGCCUACAAGGUGGAAUGCAACCUACAAAAUGCUUGAAGGUGUAUUCAAGUAUAUGCAAGUCCUUAAGAGGAUGUCUUAUAGUUGUGAAGUGUUUCAAGCUUACUUUCUAGAGGAAGAGAAGGUUAAGAAAGUGAUGGUUAAGAGAGUGGGACCUCCAAAUGAUGAUGAUUGGGAGAAGACAUUAGCUUUUGUGCAUUUUCUCAAAAAGUUUUAUGAUGUUACAUUGAAGCUUAGUGUAACCAAAACUUUUUUCCGUCUUCUUCCUCUCUGCCUCAGUCUCUCCCUCUGUCUCUUUCCAGGGCUCACAAUUCUUCUCCCCAGGCCGUGGUUUCUUGUUUGCAGGGGUCACUUGACCUCCUUGCCCCUACGUGGAUUGCCAGUGAACCUUGCAACCCGCUUCGCUUGGUUCCAUUCUACUCCAACUUCAUGCGAGAAGUGGAAGAACAAAUGGACCUUUGAUGUAAAAAGCAGUCAACAACCAUCAAAGAAUUACAUCAGAUAUGCAACACGUCAGAAACGUGCUGAUACAAAGAAAGCCCUGAAAAACCUCCUCUUCAACAGUGGGUCCUCUAAAAAUUUCUUUCAGAACAUUCAGAAUGAAAAUGAUUCAGGAAGCUCUCCUCAGAAACAUAGGUCGAGAUCUUCUCGACAUGCUGAGAAAUCACACCACAAGAAAACGAAACGCAAGUUCAAAAGAGAGAGUUUCUCUGAAGAUGGUGACAACAAUCCUGAGUCUAUCUUUCGUGCGACAUUUGGCAAGAAAUGGUAUACGUGGUCUUUUGACUCGUGCCGUGACUCCUCUUUUAAAGAUUCAGAAUCUGGAUUUGAGUGGUCAGAGCAAUCAAGCUGGGAAGAUAAAAGUAAAAGAUGGGAGAAUAGUAGUGACGUGGAGUCUGAUGAUGAAUCAUGUACUAUAGGAUCUUAUUCUGAUAGAACAAUUCUUGGUCUGCCUCCAACAGGUCCUUUAAAGACUGAAGAUGUUAAAAAAGCUUUCCAUUUAUCAGCUUUAAAAUGGCAUCCUGACAAGCAUGAAGGCCCUUCACAGGCAAUGGCUGCAGAGAAAUUUAAACUUUGUGUUAAUGCUUACAAAUCUCUGUGCAAUGCACUAUCCCCAGCGUAAGCUGGGGGCUCAAAAGGUUCUGGUUUGAACAUUAACAGCUCCCUCUAUACCGGUUCUCUAUUCAAAAGGAAAUCCUCAUACAGAUUUGACCUAGUACUGGACAUGGUCUCCAGAUCAAAGCGUUAGUCUACUUGAAUAGUAAUUUGAUUAGUUUAUUCAAAUUAUAGAUGCAUAAAGAUUGUAGUGAAUCUGUUGACAAAUUUAUAAAGAAAAUUACAGUUCUUUUAGA